CGGGUUGAAUCGCACGCUUGUUGUUUUCCGGAGCUUGGCGGCGGAGGGAGAAGUUAUCAUCGACCCGGUGGCAGGAGCUUGUAGCACACGGUGACAGGAUAUUAUCGGAUUUUACCACGGGAGUUUCGCACUAUGCGUUGAGGACGAGCUAUUAAAGUUGACGGAGAAGGGAAAGGAAGGAGUAGCGGCUCGAACGGUGGGACUAAUUUAACCGUUUUUUGUUUUUUUUUAAAUCACCUUGUGGCGGUGCGACGCUGAGCUCCAGCGGUGCUCUGGAACAAGGGAGUGACACGAACAUACAGAGAUGGUUUACUACCCUCUGGGACAUUUAAAAACACUACUACUUCGAGCUUUUCUCUGCUAAAACCAAACAGAUACGCGUUUUCCUUUUUUGUAUUUUUUUUUUAUUUCUUCAUCUUUAGCAGCUAAGGGAUUAAUUUUAUCCACCAUGCCGGACCUAAUCACAGUUUCGGAGUUUGUGGCAGAGACGAAUGAAGAUUAUAAAUCACCGACUGCCUCUAAUUUCACCACCAGGAUGUCCCACUGCAGGAACACAGUGGCUGCUCUGGAGGAGGCUCUGGAUGUGGACCGCAGUGUUCUCUACAAGAUGAAAAAGUCCGUCAAGGCCAUCUACGCGUCCGGUCUUGCUCAUGUAGAGAACGAGGAGCAGUACACUCAGGCCCUGGAGAAGUUUGGUGAAAACUGUGUGUAUAGAGAUGAUCCUGAUUUGGGUUCAGCCUUUCUCAAGUUCUCCGUCUUCACCAAGGAGCUCACAGCGCUUUUUAAAAACCUUUUCCAAAACAUGAACAACAUCAUCACCUURCCUCUGGACAGCCUGCUGAAAGGAGACCUGAAGGGGGUCAAAGGGGAUCUGAAAAAACCCUUUGACAAAGCCUGGAAGGACUAUGAAACCAAAGUGACCAAGAUCGAGAAGGAGAAGAAGGAGCACGCCAGGCAGCACGGGAUGAUUCGGACGGAAAUCAGCGGGGCAGAAAUCGCCGAGGAGAUGGAGAAGGAAAGACGGUUCUUCCAGCUGCAGAUGUGCGAGUAUCUCCUCAAAGUUAACGAGAUAAAAAUAAAGAAAGGCGUGGAUCUUCUGCAGAACCUCAUCAAGUACUUCCACGCACAGUGCAAUUUCUUUCAGGAUGGACUAAAAGCUGUGGAUAACCUGAAGCCUUCUAUAGAGAAACUGGCCACAGAUCUGCACACGAUCAAGCAGGUGCAGGAUGAGGAGAGGAAGCAGCUGACUCAGUUAAGAGACGUCCUCAAGUCGUCUCUUCAGGUGGAGCAGAAGGAGCCACGAAGAGAUCCCCAGGUGCGGCAGAGCACAACAUACAGUCUGCAUCAGCCGCAGGGUAACAAAGAGCAUGGCACUGAGCGAAGCGGGUUCCUGUURAAGAAAAGUGACGGGCUGAGAAAAGUGUGGCAGAAGAGAAAAUGCACAGCAAAGAACGGAUACCUGACCAUUUCACACGGCACAGCAAACCGGCCGCCGGCUAAACUCAACCUGCUAACCUGCCAAGUGAAACACAAUCCUGAGGAGAAGCGGAGCUUUGACCUCAUAUCUCAUGAUCGAACGUAUCACUUUCAGGCCGAAGAUGACCAAGACUGUCAGAUCUGGAUCUCAGUGCUACAGAACAGCAAGGAGGAGGCGUUAAACCAAGCGUUUAAAGGGGACCAUCGUGUCGGGGAGAACAACAUUGUGCAGGAGCUGACCAAAGCCAUCCUGGGGGAAGUCAAGAGGAUGACAGGAAACGACGUGUGCUGCGACUGCGGAGCCCCCAACCCAACGUGGCUGUCCACCAACCUGGGCAUCCUCACCUGUAUUGAAUGUUCAGGAAUCCACAGGGAGCUGGGGGUCCACCACUCCAGGAUCCAGUCCCUCACUCUGGAUGUACUCAGCACCUCAGAGCUCUUGCUGGCCAAGAAUGUGGGGAACGCAGGCUUUAAUGAAAUCAUGGAGGCCAGUUUAAUUGCUGAAAACGUGGUGAAACCCAAUCCAGCGAGUGACAUGCAGACGAGGAAAGACUUCAUCACAGCCAAGUACAUCGACAAACGUUUCGCCAAGAAGAAGUAUCCCGACGCCAUGUCGCGGCUCCACACGCUGUGCGAGGCAGUGAAGGCUCGAGACAUCUUCCUACUCAUCCAGGUCUACGCUGAGGGUGUCGACCUCAUGGAGCCCAUUCCGCUCGCCAACGYACAUGAACAAGGAGAGACGGCCCUUCACCUCGCGGUCAGGCUGGUGGACAGAACGUCUCUUCACAUCGUUGACUUCCUCACUCAGAACAGUUUGAAUUUGGAUAAGCAGACUGCUAAAGGCAGCACGGCGCUGCACUACUGCUGCCUGACGGAUAACAGUGAGUGUCUGAAGCUGCUGCUGCGAGGGAAAGCCUCCAUAGACAUCGCUAAUGAGGCCGGAGAGACGCCGCUGGAUAUCGCUCGGAGGCUUAGACACGUACAGUGUGAGGAGCUGCUGAACCAAGCGCUGGCAGGAAAAUUCAACGCGCACGUCCACAUCGAGUACGAAUGGCGCCUGCAGCACGAAGACCUGGACGAGAGCGACGAGGAUCUGGAUGAGAAGCCAAGCCCCCACCGGAGAGACGAUCGCCCGGUCAGCUGUUACACCCCCGGCAGUAACUCCCACCCGCAGUCGGGCCGGGACGCCGCCGGCCUCAGCAAGGACAAGCACCGCCUGUGCAUGCCCAGCCUGGUGAACAACGAGACGUACGGCACCGUCCUGAACAGCGGCUCCCCUCAGCCGACGACCACCUCUGCUCCCCCGCUGCCCCCGAGGAACCUGGCCCAGUUACCGGGACUGGGAGGGAUCAGUCAGUCCUCCACCAGCAACUGGAAACCAACAAGUUUGGARCUGAGUGGCCGACAGCGGUCCUCCUCCGAUCCUCCCAACAUGCACCCCCCCGUGCCCCCCAUGAGGCUCACAUCAACUGGAGCUUUGGGUUCUGCUUCUGUAGCAAAGAUGGACGCCAUGAACAUUCAGUCCAAACCUGGUCAGGGUUUGUUGGGGACCAGGUCAGCACCGCCUAAAUCUCCUCCUGGCAAUGAUAAAAGCUUCAGCCGGGCCUUCCUGAGUCAAACAGAACCUGUAGAAAGAGAAGCUAAGGAAGUACCAGGAUGUCCCCAGAACUCCACGGGUCACUCUCUGCCUCCGGCCCCCGUUCCCAGAAAGGCCUUCCCAAAGCAGAGACCGAAGCGAGUUAAAGCCAUCUACAACUGCAUCGCCGACAACCCCGACGAGCUGACGUUUUCUGAGGGCGAGGUGAUCGUGGUGGACGGAGAGGAGGACCAGGAGUGGUGGCUGGGCCACAUCGAAGGCGAGCCGAUGAGGAGAGGAGCGUUCCCCGUCACGUUUGUUCACUUCAUCGCCGACUAAAAAACCAAGAAGUAUCGUCCAUCUCUGUGUCAUCUGUUGGCCGGAUGUAUUCCUCUUGAUUGUUUUUUUCCAUCAUCUUCACGGCGGCACCGGUGUGGAACGUUGCGUUACGGCAACGACUGCAGCGAGGCUGACUGUUGCAGAGGGGACUUUUUUUAUGGACUCUAAAAAAAUGAUUGUAGUCAGUGAUCUUUGGCAAUAAAUGCACUUUUCUUGUCUUAACCCAUCAGAAUGAAGGUCACAUGUUCAGUAUUCAUCUCCCUGUUCUCGAGCUGCAGAGUGUAAACCUCCUAAUCUGGGAUUACAGCGAUGUAUUUUAACUUACUAACACCUCUAAAUGUGAACCGAGUCAACGUGCUUACAUUCCACACCUGUGCGUGAGUGAUUUUUAUUUAAAUGUCUGCUGUAGAGACGUAGCCUUCCUGCAUGGAGGAUUUUCUAACGGUGCUAAAGUUAACCCCAGAUUAACUAACGUGCACGACGGAGACUGGAGUUUAAAAAAAAAAGGAGCUGCUCCGCCUCCAUCACAGCUGGAGAACCACUCUUCUUGGUUUUCAUCCUGCCUGCGUUGGUUCUGAUCAUUCAGCAGCACUGAGCCGAMCCAGUUUUUCUGCCUUACUGAAGGAGCGUGUCGUUUUCACACGACCACCUGCCGUUUAAUUUAACAUAACUAAUAAAACUCUGACAGGCUGUUUCUGUAAAGCUGACGCAGCAGCUGAACGUUCUGUUUGUGACGUAGACAGAUGCUUUUAAUAUAAAUAUAAAACAAUUCAUUUUAGUUGCAGAGCAACAUCCUUAGUGUUCAUAAUGUUAAUAUUUAGACAUUUAAGCUGAAACUAGGAGCCUUUCAUAGAUUUGUGAAUGACGAGAAGCAGGGCGGCGCUCUCUCCUCAUAUGAACUCACUGGAAACUGAUUUAAUCAUCUAUUUAUGUAAAUCAAUUUAGCGAACGUUUGUGAGUAUUUAAAUGGAAGCUGAGCAGUAGUAAAAUGUCUUAUCUGCACUGUGUCGGUGACCUCAGCUGGACCUGUGAGUGCUGGAAACGCAGACAAUCUUCUGCACGGAACUUGGACUCAAACUGGACUCAUUAAACGCCUGCGGAGCAUCGCCACAACUUAACURGUGCAAGUGAAACUGGAAGAAUAAAAUGUGAAAUAAUG